ACGAGGUUGAAGAUGCUUAGGCCGCUCUGGAACACGUUUUGGAGCGAGGCUCUUUGGUUGCCGCCUAACGUCAGGUGGUCGGACGUGGCGCCCGGGCCCGGGAAAGCGGUGGUCUAUACCGACCACCGCCAUCUAUUCCUUGCCGUUCCUUUUUCGUUGCUGCUCUUAGCGCUGCGCAUCGUAUUAAACAAAUAUAUAUACGCUCCGAUCGGCAAGGCGGUGGGCAUUAAACAUGACAGAAAUAUAAAGCUUUUUUCAAACCACAAACUGGAGGCUGCAUACAGGGCCAAUCCUGCUUCGAUACAGAUAUGUGCCUUGGCCAAGCAGCUGGACAUGUCCGAGCGGCAGGUGCAGCGCUGGUGGCGCCGGCGCCGGCUGCAGGACAAGCCGCCCGCGCUUGUCAAGUUCUGCGAGAGCUGCUGGCGGGCUACCUUCCUCUUUUACAACCUCGUGUUUGGCUGGCUGGUUUUGUGGGACAAGGAGUGGUUGUGGGACGUUGAUUACUGCUACAUCGGCUAUCCUCAUCAGGGUAUCACCAACGGCGUCUGGUGGUUGUACAUGGUCGCGCUCGGAUUCUACUUGUCGCAGACCCUGUCGUUAUACACAGACGUUCGCCGCAAGGACUUCUGGCAGCAAGUCGUGCACCACGCCGCCACGCUUGCGAUUAUGUGUUUGAGCUGGGUGUGCAACUUCCACAGGAUCGGCUCGCUGGUCAUGCUUUCACUUGACUGCUCGGAAACAUUGCUAGAGGCCACAAAAGCGACAAAGUACGCGGGCUACCACAGAGCGAGCGACUAUAUGUUCGCCGCCUUCACCGCGCUGUGGAUUGCGACCAGGAUAGGGAUAUUUCCCUAUUACAUUGUUCGCAGCGUAACGUAUCAAGUAUUUGCCUACCUACCCCCGUUCCCUGUGCUCCAAGUUCAGAUCUUCCUGCUCUGGGUGCUGCUGGCCCUGAAUGUUUACUGGACGUGGCUGAUACUGCGACUAGCGUACAGAGCCCUCAAGCAUGGCCAGGUGGAGGGUGACAUCCGCAGCUCGAGUUCGGAGUUCAGCGACAGUUCGACCACCGCCCACGCACCCAACCGGGACAGACAAAUAGGCAUCUAGUCCGUCUAAAGGCGUCUACAGACGUUGUAACAAAUCGCAUGCAUGUU